GCCGCGGCAGGAUCGGAGAUAUAUGUAUACUGACUGCUAAUGCAGCUUGGUCCGGCUGCAUCGGUACGCGACCUGCUUUGCAUGGCAAAAUCAGUCUGAUAAGGCAUAUGCAAUUGCUACAACCUUCGCAGCAGCCACUGGCAUGUAUAGCCCCGCUGUUCAGCCGAGUUGCAUUCUUUGAACAACGUCGUAUAUCUGGAUGUCAACUGAGUACGCAUCACGGAUUUCCCAAAUGAGCUGCAACGGGUGGGCUUGAGUCAGAUGCGCUAUACAAUAAUAGCACUGAGCAUUGAGCAUUCUUGCUAUGUACUACUUCUUGUAGCAGUUGCAGAAGUAUGCUUUCGUUCUGACUCUGGCUGACACCGUUAGCCAAUAUGCUAUUGAAGCAAAAUAGCGUGCGCGAGUCUAACUGCGACAGAAGACGGCAGACAGGUAGGGCCCGUGGUAUAGACCUUAAUACAGGCUAUAGCAGACCUUCUAUCAACCACUACGUCGAAUCCGGACACUGAAACGGUUGGUAGCGGCGCCACAGCAGAGGGACGAAAUCAAGUACGGUGUGUUAAAGAAGGCGGUGUCGUCGUGGCCUCGCACGCGCAUCUGCACACUGUACGAGCUAACCAACUAACGAACAUCCAUCCAUUCAUUCAUUCAUUCGAUUCCCACGCCUAUGGUCGUUCACAGUCACUCACUAGGUCAUCACGUUGCAAGAGAAGGCGAAAGAAAAAAUGCCGCGACCAGCAUCUCUCUCGCAUAGCAUGAACUCACCACACCACCGUGAUGGGGGCGAGAGCAUUGCAGCAGAAUCUUUAUCACGUACACCAACAAUGAAAAAGGCCAAAGCGAGACUCAGCCGACUCUUACGUCGAAAAAGCUUCGAAGCACAAGAUUUCUCCUCAAUGUACGAAGGCAAGGAAGCGAGGAAUUACAGCAAAAAUUCCAUCAAAUCAUUCCAACGUCGGACCAUUAUCGCCACUCAACCUAUCGGCGGAGGGACACGAGACAUCAGAUGGCAUCCAGUGGAACAAGCGCCGCCCGAACACUUUGAACAUGAUCCCCACAAGCUGAGCAUGGUUUCCGAGCGCGACGAGCCUCUCUCGCCCGGUCUACUGGCGAGACCAGCUUCAACGUCGGCAGCAUCUCAUAAAUGCCGCAACUGCAGACCAUCAACAUUCGAGUUGUAUGGAUACCGACCCGACUCUCGACCAGGAUCGUCGGUGAAGUCGUGCUUCAUCAACAAGGGCAUUGCCGGCAGUAGCUGCAAACAUGAUAGCAUGUUUACGGAUUCCUCGGAGUUGUGUGCCAUGCCUAAUGAUGAGGAUGAUGAACAUCGAGAUCAAUUGCGACAGAUUCAUGAGUUGCCUUCUUCGCAAUCUAUGACGAGACUUGGUCAUGGUCGUACGCCGUCUUGCAGUGCACCGAUUCCCUGCAUCUCAGUUCUUGGCGAUGGAGUAGCAGAAGCGACGGAGGAGGACGAGGAGAAGGCCCAGGAGGAGGAGGAGGAUAAUGAUGAUAAUGAUGACAAUGAUGAUGAUGAUGAAGUCGACUACUCCGACACAGGAAGUGAAUACGAUGCGGUACUACAGGAAGCCGAGAGGAUUCCAGUGUCACCUAUAGCACCUCCGUCGCCACAUGCUUCUGCUGCUGCGGCGGCCGCCGCCAUACCACAAGUAACAGCCGUCGAUGUCCAGAGAAUGCCCGACUUUUCUUUUGUGCCCAACACGAUCUCGACCCGCGGCACGACCAAUAACACGAACACGAACAACAGACAUCUCUCCCCCAUGGGCAACUCCUCCAUUUCAGCAACAAUGGCAGAUUACGAUAACACUUCCACCGACUGGCAGGUCGAAUGUUACCGUCUGCGAAAACAACUCAAAGCCGUCGAGCUUCAACUCCGAUACAAAGCCGAACUUCUCCUCUCAGAGCAAAGCCGCGUCGCAGCCGUCGAAGCCGAAGUCGAGCGAACCAAAACCGAACUGCAGCUCUGUCGAGGCGAAACGCAACUGCUCCGCGUGAGCAAUGGGUUGAAACAUGACGAAACAUGUGCGUUGAAAGCUGAACUGGGGAGUUUGCAGAGUAGUGAUCAGAAUCGAAAUAAAGAUUUGGUGGCGAAAUUGAGGGUCAUGACGGAGAGGUUGGCGUUGGAGGAGGAUGCGGUCGCUGAUAAGGAUUUGAGGAUCAAGUGGUUGGAGAAGGAGAGGGAGGAGUUGGAGAGGGAGAAUCGGCUUUUGGAAAAUGUCAAGGGCGCAUUGUGGGGUCAUAUGGAGCAGGCGAGGAAGAGGGAGGUGGGUACUGGUAGCACGGCUGCUGAUCCUCCGCAUUCUCCUCCUGCUACUGCUGCCACUGCCACUGCCGCCGCAGCCGCCGCCGCCGCUGUUGCUGUUGUUGUGAGUAGUCCUGUGUCGGACAGGGAACAUCCUGCUUGGUGGAUUUGAAAGGACCUUUGGUCCAGUCCUUCUUUGUUUUCCUUUUGUUCUUAGCUGGGGGAAGAUGUCACGUUCUCUACGCUGUGUGGAAACAGCGACAAUUUCCUUAUUACGACAAUUUCAUUAGUAGUAAAAUUUUGCACGAUCGUUCAGAUUGCUGCUCCGCAGAAAUGUAAUGGUAAUAUCACACCCCUUUCCAAUUGACCUCUUGAUGUCAUCUCAUUCCAUUCUAGUUCUUUGACUGUUGCCCCCGAGACUACUCCAUGGACCAUGGGUAGACAAAAGCUGGAUAUGGCAUCAUACCUUGGGUAGGUUUGAAUGCACUCUUGUCGAGGAUGGUUGAUAGCUUCUGGAAUAUAGGUUCUUGGUAUAAAACACAUCCGUGUCGAGAGGAAGGGCUUAGUUCUGUUGCGAAGCCGAAGUGUCCCUUCAAAUGCGGCUUUCGGACGGUAGUCUGCUCCAUGAAGCCGCGGUAUCCGAGGCGGUGUGAGCUUUGAAGCUUGCCCAGUGCAGCAUUUUUGCUUCUUUGGGCAGGGCGAAUAGGUAGCGUUGGUAGCAAGUCCACGAC